GAACCGGCGGGGACUUCACCCCCGCCCGCCGCCGUCGGGGCUGGGUCCCUCCGCUCUCGGUCCCGCCCGCCGGGAGGGGCGGCCCCAGCCCCAGCCCCGGUCCAGGUCCCGGUCCCGCCUCCGCGGAGCGGCGCGGCGAGAGGCGUGGAGCUGCGCGGAGCCCGGAGGAGCCGUGGAGAUGCUGAACUCGCCCUGGGCACGUUUCUACUCCAACAGCUGCUGCCUCUGCUGCCAUGUCCGCACCGGCACCAUCAUCCUCGGCGUCUGGUACCUGAUUAUCAAUUCGGUGGUAUUGCUGAUUCUGCUGAGCGCCCUGACCGAUCCUGACCAGUACCACCUAACCAGUGCUGAAUUAGGGGGCGAAUUUGAAUUUAUGGAUGAUGCCAAUAUGUGCAUUGCCACGGCAAUUUCUCUUCUUAUGAUUCUGAUCUGUGCAAUGGCUACAUAUGGCGCGUAUAAGCAACAUGCAGCUUGGAUCAUUCCUUUCUUCUGCUAUCAGAUCUUUGACUUUGCUCUCAACACGUUGGUUGCCAUCAGUGUACUCGUCUACCCCAGCACAAUUCAGGACUACCUCCGCCAGCUGCCCACCAAUUUUCCCUACAAGGAAGAGAUCAUGUCUGUAAACCCUACGUGUCUGGUUGUGAUUAUCCUCCUUUUCAUAAGCAUCAUUUUGGCUUUUAAGGGUUACUUGAUAAGCUGUGUGUGGAACUGUUACCGAUACAUUAAUGGCAGAAACAACUCGGAUGUGUUGGUGUACAUUACCACCAAUGACACUGCGGUCCUGUUGCCACCAUAUGAUGAUCCUGUGAAUGGAGCUGCUAAAGAUCCACCACCACCUUAUGUGUCAGCAUAAGUGAGAGAGUACUGUGUACCUAGGGAGGAUAGCUUUACUUUUCAGACAUUGGAGCAAUAGUUUGAUAAUUUUACUUCCAGGAUAUAACCUCUGUGGGUUAUACAUUGCUGUUUUGCUGACAUAUUGAAACCUAAAUUGUGUGGUUAAAAUUCCGUAGAUAGUUUUAAUAAUUUGCUGCAACUAGUGAACUAGUUUCAGAACAAUUCUGGGUAGCGUUAAGGUUACGGUAGUCACUGAAUAGCUUUUUCCACCAUAACUGAUGUGUAGUGCUAGAGAACAUAGAACGUCACAUUCUCAAUCAGGUUCAGAGUGUAAUUUUCUUUUUUAGUCCCAAAAAGUGUCAUUCCACUUCAUUCCUGUUCUGCAAGACUUUAUUAAGUUAUUAUGCCAUGAAGGGUGAUGAUUGCAAGAAGAAGAAUGAGUCUUACCACUAUUCUCAUCAACCCGGCUAAUGGGAAACAAAUUUAAUUGGGAAGAAUAAGUAUGAGAAAUGAGAGUAGACAAAGCACUCUGUGAUGUGUAACAAGCCCGAACCUGUGGUCUACAUGGACUCACUUUGUCGCAGCCUGCAACCAUUCUAACACUCAAAAAAAAAGAGUUCUUACCGACUUCUGGUAAUUUUCUUUUCCUGCCUACAGACCUUUUUCCUCCCCACCAACUUCACAAAUAGUAUUUUGAGGUCACAAAAUCCCUGCUUUUAAAGUCCCAUGGUUAGGUGACAAAGCGGCGUCUUUCACACUCAAUAUGCAAAUGUUUUCCCAUUGGAAUGUGCCUGUAAAUAUCGCAAUGUUCUGCUGAGUGUGAACUAAAUUAUGCAGAUUCUAAGAUAUAUGUUCCCAACCUAUGGGAAACUUAUGCAUGCAACUUCCUCGAGCAUUAGCAGAUAUGUUUUGCGUGUUUCUGAUACACAUCAAUGUUGGGAUUUUAGAUUCCUUUUAUGACUGAACUGGUUGUGCUGAGAAUCUUUCUCAUGGCACUCAUCCAUUCAUGAAUGUUUGCGUGAGGUAUUUUUUUUCUUACCCAGAGAAGUGCCUCCUGCACAUGUAACUUUUUGUUGUUGAUGAAGGUUCUACUUUUAAUUGCAAAGGAACAGGAAAAGGGAAUAUAAUGUGUGUCUCUACCUCUCAUUGUUUUCCCCCUGUGUUGUCUCCUCUGUAUUUGGGGUGAUUGAACAGGCUGAAGCUAGACUGAUGCCAUUGCACACCGCCCCAGGUAAAGGGCAGUGCAGGGCUGAGGCACAGUUUGGAGGGGCACCAGAAGAAACCAAGGUGCUGUCUCUCCUCUGAGUGGGCUGGCAUGUGAGUCCGCACCCUUGCUAAGGAGGACACCCGUUCUCACCCUCAGUGCAUUGACUCCCUUCUGCAGACUGAAGAAGAGUGGAGCUUUUCCUGCCUUUUUCUGGAAAAGAGCUUUCCAGGGGAAUACAGGGCCAACAACUUCUCUUCACGGAGGUUGCCACUGUGACCUGUUCUUGCAGAGGCCAGGGAAGGAACGGCCAGACUCUUUCUACCAGUCUCUUCCACACCCCUGGGAAAAGGCAAGUCCCCAUCUGCUUGUUGGAAUUUCACUUCGGGAUUCAUCUACUCAGAGAUCAAACUAAGCAAUGCUUUUUGACUGAAACAAUCCUGAUGUCCAUCCAUUGAUCUUUGUCACGAUCCUGUUGCUUUCUUCGGAAUAAGGAAUAUAAUAACUCAUUACAGUUAUCUUUGGGAAUUAAUCCGAAUUUGGGGGUGAGGCUGAUUGGCUGGGCUUCUGAGCUUCAUUUUCUUUCAUUCUUGACAGAUUUGUGAAGGAUUUUAAACAGUCAUCAUUUGAGAAAACCUGGUUGUAAAUACAUCACAUCUGUGUAUACAAACUUCUCUACAAUAAAAGGGUGUUUCCU